UUUUAGUAUUGCUGACGAGCGGAUGCUCUAGAGCUGCACUUGGAAGGUAGCUGAAGUCGUAAGCUGGUGUCGCUUCCCGAACAGGUCUUUUGGCUACCAAGUCAUCAUGUUUCGCUGUGCGUUUUUGAUUUUGUUCGUCGCUCUUGGAAAUGAACUCCAUCUAUCACAUGGGACUGAAGUGUCCGUCAACAACACGGAGAACAAAUUAUGCCUCUACGCCAAUUUGAUGGUCAACUUCUCAGUCGCAUAUGAAGUUGGUGUAAAUAAGAGUGAAACUGUUAUUUUGGUACUGCCUGAAAAUGUGACAACCGAAGGGAGCGCCUGUGAUAACACAACAUCAACAUUGAAACUCAGUUUUGGAGAUGGGCACAGUUGGACAGUGGAUUUCACUAAAAACAACAAAACCUACCAAGUAGAUACCAUUGUCUUCUCCUACAAUCUCAAUGACUCAAGCGUCUUCCCCAACUCUACAUCAAAAGAAACCAAGUCUGUGACGGUAAAGUCAAUCAUCACCAACGUGAGUGUGGACACCUACUACUCCUGCAAGAGUGCAGAUGUCCGGACAGUAGAGUCUGUCAUUCAGACACUGUAUGAUGUUGCUCUACAGGCGUUUGUGAUUAACGGCAGCAAAAGUGACACCGACACCAUAUGCUCCGCUGACAUGCCCUCCACCACUGUGGCGCCCACCACGACCGUUACCACCACAGCUGCCCCCACUUCUACCCCUACACUGCCCACGCCCACUACUGGAAAGUACAGCAUCGCAACCGACGUCAACAGCACAGCCUGCCUGAUGGCCACCUUCGGCCUACAGAUCGGCUACAAGCAAGGAGACAAAGAGGAGACCAUCAACCUGGUGCCCAAUAUGACUGAAGUGGGUGGAGCCUGUAGGUCCAACAGCAGCGAUCUCAAGUUGACAUCGGAUACAAUCACCAUCAUGUUCACAUUCAGCAACGACGGCAAGAAGUUCCAACUGCACGCUCUGAAUGUCACAGUGAUACCAGCCACUGGGGCUCCCGUCGUUGCAGUCAAUACCAACAUGUCCAUUUGGGCGGCGGCGGUAGGCAGCUCCUACAUGUGCAACAAGGAGCAGACCUUAAACGUCACCGACACGCUCACACUCUACACGUUUGAGCUUCGCGUCCAGCCCUUUGAAGUCAACAAAGGCGAAUUCGCUACAGCCGUGGAGUGCUUCAUGGACUCUGAUUUGAGCUUUCUGGUGCCCAUUGCUGUGGGCGUGGCCCUCAGCUUCCUAAUCAUCCUUGUGCUUAUCUCUUACCUGAUUGGCCGGAGGAAGAGUCGCACUGGCUACCAGUCUGUAUAAUCCAACCAAUCACAGCUGCUUUUGCCUCUACCCAUUCCCUCAUCCUCCAAGCCCCUCACAACAUGUUCCCUGUUGCCUCCCCAUCCCCAAAGCUUCUAUGGCAUCCAAAUGUUUCUUUCCAUUUCCCAUGGGUCUUUCCUUGAUGUUACCCUCAGCAAAUUCCCUUUUCACACUCCUACCCUACUUCUUACCCCACCCAACAGUUCUUUUUGAAGUCCUUUUCGUAUGACUGAAGUCAUCAAGCAACAAAACCUGUCAAAAUGAUCAGUGGUUUUACACCAAGUGUGUUUGGAUGUAAAUUGCAUGGAGUAUCAUGGCUCCUCUUAAUAACAGGGCAUCAGUUGUUUAUUCCCAGAGGUUCAUAUGAAUGAGGUUGUUUUCUCACACUGUUCUGUUGAUAUCCUGUAUUAUAUUUGUGUACAUUUUAAUUGCUCUCUUGUAUAGAAUGUUCAUUUUUGAUGAAUAGAGAUGUCAAAUUAUACUGAGAAAAUAUUGAAAGCGCAUUGAAAUUUAGAGCCAAUGUUAUAUCUAAGUAUCCAUUGGUAAAUCUUUGCAGAAUUAGAAAAUGCCAUUUAUUUUUAUGAAUUCCCUCAUUAAAUUAGCAGAUUCUUAAUUGUGAUUGUACCCCCUGCACUUAUUUCUCUUAGUCGUAGUACAAUAAAAGGGUUUUGACUAGAAUGGAUACAGCUUUUGUCAGAUUUGACUUUUCAUGGCAGGUUAGGAGAAUUAGGUUAAGGUUAGGAAAUUGUAUUCCUUUCUAGCCAUGACCCAAUGAAAGGGAAACUAACUUUACAAAGACACAGCUACUAACCAGCAUUUGGAGCAGUUGCAUAAAUGUCAUUUUGAUGUUUGUAUUUUCACUAAUGUUACAAAGUCCCCUCGGAAAGGAGGAUGAUGGCAUAGUCUUGGGUCUGGUAUCAGAAAUGGCCCAGUUAGGAAAUCUACAACAAGAACUGGGUCAUGUUCAGUAGGGAGAAUGUUUUGAAACUUUAUAAACCGUGAGGUACUGCCUGAACAAUAGAAAUUCUGUUGCAACCCUUUUUGCUACCGCGUAUCCUUCUGAACGCGACCCAGGCCUCAUAAUAGGAAGUAUAAGAAUUGACCAAAAAUUAUUUUAUGACCAAAGCCUGGACAGGAAGGAAACUCCUUUCUGAACCUCCCCAUCUCAGAGCAGGUAUAUAAAAGCCACUUUUUUUUUUAGAAAAACAAAUUAAUUCAGUGUUUUGACCAAGGAUGCUAUUUCCUUGCUGUUCUUGUAUCAUGCUCAUUAUUCGGUGUGAACUUCUGUUUUGUACCAAUACUUAUGAUUAUAAUGAUCCUGGUUAAGUUUGCCUCUAAGAUGUGGUCUUGUGCCUUUUUGUUGCACUACUAUUCCCCUCAUAACCAAGUCUGUCUCUUAUCUCAUGACGAUUGUGAAAUGAUGUAAGCUCGUUGAACUAAAGUUGAGGGAAACGUUUAAAUAAAGUUGCUUUCCUGUUUUGUA